UCAAGUCCCCAGCCUGAAACUCGACCAAUCCGAGGGCUCGGUGUUGAAGAAGCUUGUGACUAUCAAAGAUGGCCGCGCCCAUGUAAUACCGGCAGCGGGCGCAGACCUCUCCGAGUUCUCCCGGCCCCGGUGACCGCGUCUGAACCUGAGGACUAUGCUGGGCCGGACUCUUCGAGAAGUUUCUGCAGCACUGAAACAAGGCCAAAUUACAUCAACAGAGCUCUGUCAGAAAUGUCUCUCCUUCAUCAAGAAAACCAAGUUUCUAAAUGCGUACAUUACUGUAUCAGAAGAUGUGGCCUUAAAGCAAGCUGAAGAAUCAGAGAAAAGAUACAAGCAAGGUCAGCCACUUGGAGAUUUAGAUGGAAUUCCUGUUGCAGUAAAAGACAACUUCAGCACAUCUGGCAUUGAGACAACAUGUGCAUCGAAUAUGCUAAAAGGUUAUAUUCCACCUUACAAUGCUACAGUAGUUCAGAAGCUGUUGGAUCAGGGAGCUCUACUCAUGGGAAAAACAAACUUAGAUGAGUUUGCUAUGGGAUCUGGAAGCACAGACGGCGUAUUUGGACCAGUUAAAAACCCCUGGAGUUACUCAAAGCAAUAUAGAGAAAAGAGGCAGCCGAAGCCCUGUGAGGAGGAGGAGGGUUCCGGUUGGCUGAUAACUGGAGGAAGCUCGGGUGGGAGUGCAGCCGCCGUGGCAGCGUUCACGUGCUUUGCCGCUCUAGGAUCAGAUACUGGAGGAUCAACCAGAAACCCUGCCGCCCACUGUGGGCUUGUUGGCUUCAAACCGAGCUAUGGCUUGGUUUCCCGCCAUGGCCUUAUUCCCUUGGUGAAUUCAAUGGAUGUUCCAGGAAUCUUAACCAGAAGUGUGGACGAUGCAGCAAUUGUGUUGGGUGUGCUGGCUGGACAUGACCCCAAAGAUUCCACCACAGUACAAGAGCCUAUUAAACCAUUCAAGAUUCCCAAUUUGACAGAUGUGAACAACCUGUGUGUAGGAAUUCCAAAGGAAUAUCUUGUUCCAGAAUUAUCAAGUGAAGUACGAUCUCUCUGGUCCCAAGCUGCUGACCUCUUUGAGUCUAAAGGAGCCAAAGUGAUUGAAGUAUCCUUGCCACACACCUGUUAUUCAAUCGUCUGCUACCAUGUGUUAUGCACAUCAGAAGUGGCAUCAAAUAUGGCAAGAUUUGAUGGGCUACAAUAUGGUCACAGAUCUGAUAUUGAUGUGUCUACUGAAGCCAUGUAUGCUGCAACCAGACGAGAAGGGUUCAAUGAUGUGGUGAGAGGAAGAAUUCUCUCAGGAAACUUUUUCUUAUUAAAAGAAAACUAUGAGAAUUAUUUCAUCAAAGCACAGAAAGUAAGGCGUCUCAUUGCGAAUGACUUUGUGAAUGUGUUUGGCUCUGGAGUUGAUGUCUUACUAACCCCCACCACCUUGAGUGCGGCAGUACCAUACCUGGAGUUCAUCAAAGAAGACAACAGAACACGAAGUGCCCAGGAUGAUAUUUUCACACAAGCUGUAAAUAUGGCAGGCUUGCCAGCAGUGAGUGUCCCUGUGGCCCUCUCAAACCAAGGGUUGCCAAUAGGACUGCAGUUUAUUGGACAUGCAUUUUGUGACCAGCAGCUUCUCACAAUUGCCAAAUGGUUUGAAAAACAUGUACAGUUUCCUGUCAUUCAACUUCAAGAACUUAUGGAUGAUGGCUCAUCAUUUCUUAAAAACGAAAAGUUAACUUCUGUUUCUCUGAAACAGUAGUGAUAAAUGUAUCAUAUGAUUUGGUGGUGGUUUGGAGGAAGGUACUGGGGAUCCAACCCUAGGCCUCAGGCUUGCUAGGCAAGCCUCUGCCACCAGGCCAACCCUGGAUCAUGCAAAUUAAAAUGACUUUAAGAGAUUCUGUUCUCUAGAGCAUUCAGUGAUCUUGCUCAGUUCUUGAAAUUAGGUUCAUUGUCAAGAGUCUUUCCUGGAGUUACUUUUUCAAAUUCCUUUGAUGCUGUUAAUUAUAAUAAUCUAUGCAUUUAUUAAAUAUCUGUUCAAUUCAAAGUACUAAAUUUCUACUGAAACACAAAAUACGUGUCAUAAAAACAAUGCAUUCUGCAGAAUUUUUAUUAAAAAGAACAGAAAUUACAGUAAAACUAAGUUUAAGAGUAAAUGUCUCAAAAUUUUUACAUCUUUAUAACCAAAGCACUAACAAAAAUAAUAAUAGUCCUGAUAUAACCCUGAUGACCCUGAGAGGUCACUCAUCUUGUGAGUUAGCAAUGCACAGCGACAGGCAGGGUUUUCUCUUUUGAGUGCUGAGCAAAGCAGUUAAAGAAGAAAGCUCUGAGCCUGGGAGGAAGUGCUACUUGCCAAGGGCCAGAAUCUCGCAAGUCUGCGUACUCCUCUCCUGGGAGGAGCCAGGUGCAAGCAGUCCUUUCCUUCCUCUAAAAAUAGAGCUAAAAUGAUAGUUUUCCUCCUUACGGUUAAAUUUUUACUUUUCCUAUCCCAGAGCCUAAGGCCUACCAGCUGGAACAGCUUGGUGUUAUACUGAACUAUUCUCUCAUUUGUAAAUCACAAAUGAGUCAUUGAUGCUUUGUUGUU